GCAGUUAACACAAUGUUAGGCGCAGGUUAAGUAUUUGAGGACGAGUUCUUCCGAAUCCUUAAGUUCUUCAUUGAAUUCGUCUGCUCGGUCAGUCUCCACACACCAUCAGGAUCGUCGUUGUUUCUCUCUUCGUAUCAGACUUCUCGACGCAUGAUGCUACCUUCGAGGGCGACCGUGGCUUAUACUCUUGGUCAACGUCUACUUAAAUAUCAUGCAGGAAGACUACAGGUCUUUGCUGGUCCAGUCGGAACAACUCCCAAUCAUCAAGCCAUUUCUCGGCCUCGGUUCAGUACCAGUGCAGCCGCUUUUGCCGGUAAUUCUGAGGUCAAAAACGGGCCAAAUGCAGCUGUAGAAGACAGGCCACUUUGCAGAGAAGAUUUUGUACAUCCAGACCAUGUGAAGAUAGCUUUGGACAAGGGCACUAUGUUUGUUUUCGCUGAAGCCAGCGAUCUCAAGGAAGUACCGAUGGCUGAUAACAUUAAAGAGUCUGGUGUCAUUCCUGCAGGAUACUCUAUAGACUUUGUUGUCAGUCCAGAAAGGAUCAUUUCAGUCUUGAAUCAAGUAGGGAUUAAGACGAUUCGACAAUUGCCAGAAGAAACUUACUACGAGAUGCGAGCGACAAUCAACGAUCCUUCCAACCUGUCAAUUAUCCCUACACGCAUAUAUGAACUGAAACGGCAAUUGCAAGCACAAACAGAUGCUGAGUCAGAGGGUAACUCGUAGGCGUGGUCUCGACAGAUUCUUAUGCGAAUAUUCCGUCGAGCAGGAUUGUAGCUUUUCGACGUACUGUACAUAUAAGUUGAUGUUGUUCUGAUCAAAACUUAACUUGCUUACAUACAUACCUGGCCUGAAAAGAAUGAAAUCCUCAUGUGUGCCAUCCAUUGCA